CAAAGGGAAAUACACUUGGAAUACUUUUUUGGACAAACAUUUCUCCAAGGACGACGCAGCCCUCUGCCCCCCAUGUCACCACCUAAGGACUGACCGACUCCAUCGGCUGUGCCAGCUUCUGCUUCCGCCAUGGGGCCCGCAGGGAGCGUGCUGAGCGGGGGACAGAUGCAGAUCGUCCUGUGGGGCAGUCUGGCAGCUGUAGCCAUGUUCUUCCUCAUCACUUUCCUGAUCUUUCUGUGCUCUACUUGUGACAGAGAAAAGAAGCCGAGACAGCACAGUGGGGACCAUGAGAACCUGAUGAAUGUGCCUUCAGACAAGGAGAUGUUCAGCCACUCGGUUACGAGCCUGGCAACAGACGCUCUUGUCAGCAGUGAACAGAACGGGGCACUCACCAAUGGUGACAUUCUUUCAGAAGACAGUACUAUGACCUGCAUGCAACAUUAUGAGGAAGUCCAGACCUCAGCUUCGGAUCUGCUGGACUCCCAGGACAGCACAGGGAAGCCAAAAUGUCACCAGAGUCGGGAGCUGCCCAGAAUUCCUCCUGAGAGUGCAGUGGACGCGAUGCUCAAUGGGAGAAGCGUGGACGGGGACCAGGCACUGGGGGUGGAAGGGCCGUAUGAGGUGCUCAAGGAUAGUUCCUCCCAAGAAAACAUGGUGGAGGACUGCUUGUAUGAAACGGUGAAAGAAAUGAAGGAGGUGGCCACAGCUGCACACCCGGGUGAAGACCACAGCAGCAAGUCGGGGUCUACAUCUGCCUUGAAAGAGCUUCCGGGGCCCCAAACUGAGGGCAAAGCAGAAUUUGCUGAAUAUGCCUCCGUGGACAGAAACAAAAAGUGUCGCCAAAGUGUUAAUGCAGAGAGUAUUAUUGGAAAUGCAUGUGAUCCGGAAGAGGAGGCCCCACCACCUGUCCCCGUCAAACUUCUGGAUGAGAACGAAAACCUCCAGGAGGCGGGAGAGAGAGAGGCAGGAGAAGAGCCAGCCGCAGGGGGGACCGGAGAAAGCAGCAAGAGAUUUAGUUCGUUGUCGUACAAGUCUCGGGAAGAAGACCCGACUCUCACAGCAGAAGAGAUCUCAGCCAUGUACUCAUCAGUGAAUAAACCUGGACAGUCAGUGAAUAAAUCAGGACAGUCGCUUAAAGCACCAGAAUCCGCCUACACCUCCAUUCAAGGGGACCCUCAGAGGUCGCCCUCUUCCUGUAAUGAUCUCUAUGCCUCUGUGAAAGACUUUGAGAAAACCCCAAACAGCGACAGCAUCAACACGCUUCCACCAGCAGGGAGACCCAGCGAGGAGCCCGAGCCUGAUUAUGAAGCAAUACAGACUCUAAACAGAGAGGAAGAAAGGGCCUCCCUGGAGACCAACAGCCUAUUUGGCCUUGUCCCAAAAGAGAAUGACUACGAGAGCAUUGGGGACUUGCAGCAAUGCAGAGAUAUCACCAGGCUCUAGCAACCCAGACGACAACUCUAAGUAGCCUGUGAUCAGUGUUUGGAGACACCUCUCCUGUGGACAGUAAGAAAUGACACACACCUCUACUGUAUAUGCUGCUUUAGUAAACUGAAGACAAUCGGAGAUGCCCGGACUGUUCUUCCAGUUUCUGAAACAGUGAGGUACGUACCUGGCUGCACCUGAGUAUGCACCUGCCUGCCGGGGGACAGACACACCCAAGCAUAUCUCCCUCAUCCCAACUGUCAGCGGCUUCAUGCCUUGCGUGAGGAAAGCCAAGCCGCCAGGGAGAAGCUCACUCCUCGAGAACUGCUGCUCCACCUGCCUGAAGAA